AUGUUGAAUGAUUUAUCAUUGCUUGAUGAUAUCCCUCGUGUGUUUGUUAUUAUUUAUAAUGAUCCUGCUAGUAUUUAUAAACGUCGACGAAAUGUUGUGAACGAAUCAUUGUAUUAUCAUAAAUCACUUGAAAUUGACGAAAAACUUUUACGAUCAGAUGAUGAAACUUUUGCCAGUCUCUAUAAUAAUCUUGGUCGUGUUUAUUCAAAUAAAGAUGAUCAUAAUCGAUGA